AUGCUUCACAGAAGCCUAACGGCAAAGAGGAUACCAGUGACACUACAUUUCACUAGGUCAGUAUCCGGUUCAUUUUCACUCCCGGUCAACAAGACUCUAGAAGUUUUAAAAGCCACGGACGCUGAUUUCGAAGGUCUCUUUUCUCAUUCAGCAUUGGAUCAGUUAUGGUUCAAACAAGGUAAUCAGUUAAUUCAAAAUUUAAACCAGCAUUUAAUCCAAGCGACAAAUUUGGAGGACAAGUCGUAUACUUUAUCUGAACUCGUUGCUGCCACCAUCAACAAACCGGAAUUAUAUCACAUUCAUAAAAAUGCCUCCAAAUUGCAUAAUCUUCAACAAUUUUUUGAAAAUUUACGACCUUUGCAACAACAAGCACCAUUUGAGAUUGUCAGGCCUAAUGUUCUGAGAUUGUUGGAGACUCCUAAUGGCGACUCUUUUGGCAACGUACCAACGGAUGAAAUUUUACUUGAUUGGAUUAAUCAUUCUUUUGGUUCUGUGAUUGAGUUUCGUACAUUGUUGAUCAACACUGCAAAGGCAAUUAAGGGAGAUGGGUCAGUAUGGUUAGUGGCUGAGCUGACUGUUGGGCUGAAUUAUUUGAAUAGAGGUUCGAGUGGAGCUAUAUCAGGUUUCACUUCAACUCCAGCUUUCCAUAAUUUAGCCAUUAUUGUGACAUAUAAUGGUGGUACAGUUGAUGAUUCAGAAAGAUCAGGUCAAAUUAGACGUAUGAAGAGUAUGUUGCAGAGUGAAAACGAAGAAGAGGUUAAAACUAAAGAGGAUGAACUUGAAGAAGCUGAAGUUGAAGAAAAGAAAAGUAUUGUUGAAUCAGAUGCGAAUGCUUUGAAAUUGGGUACUGUUGAACAAGCAGAAUUGGAAACUUCAUAUUUGAAUAAAAAAUUGAUCCCAGCUUUAACAAUUGAUGCAUCACCAAGAAGUUAUUUGUUGGAUUAUGGAGUGUUUGGUAAACAACAAUAUUUGGAAAAUUGCUGGGAAUGUAUUGACUGGGAUGUUGUAUUAAGAAGAUUACCUCAAAGAUCAAAACAAGCAAUUACCGUGUAA